CGCCAAUGUGAGAUACAGAAGGUGUCAACUAAUAAAACGAGAUGUCAUAACAAAAGAGAGCCCAUUCAUCUUGGUACCAAGGUGUACCAGUUUUCAUUAAUACAAUCAUGGCAACAAUAGAGAAACUAAUCAAGGCCUUUGAGGCCUUGAAAGUGUUCCAGCCUGGCGGUGUUACUUCAGAUGAUUCUAAAAAAAAAGAGCAAUCUGUCAGCAAGAAGGAUAAGAUGGUAAACUGUAACGUAGUGGCUGAUUGUAUUUGUGCACCUAACAUGAGAGCCAUUAUUGAUUUCCCCAAGUUCCUUGGGAUCGCCAUGGAAACAUUCCUAAAUCUGUGUGAUGAUACUGAGUCUGACGUGAGAAUGGUUGCUGAUGAAUGUAUAAACAGAUCCAUUAAGGUACUUCUGGAGACCAACUUGGGUCGACUUCAGGUUGAGCUGUAUAAGGAGAUAAAGAAGAACGGUACAUCUCGGACAAUCCGUGCUGCUCUCUGGAGGUUUGCCGAGAUGGCUCCCCUGAUUAGACCACAGAAGUGCAGACCAUAUAUGGUGAACAUGCUUCCCUGUCUGGCGAGGAUAUGUAAGAGGGAGGAAGAGGCUGUACAGGAAACCCUCCUAACCUCCAUGGUCAAAAUUAGUCCUGCUCUCAUGGUUUUUGCUAAUGAAUCAGAGAUCAAGGCAUUACUGAAGUCUUUUCUACCUAACUUGAAGUCUCCUUCAGCUUCCUGUCGUCGGACAGCUGCCACCAGCCUGGUGUUGACUUGUCAGUACUCCAGGAGUCCCAUGUCCUUUUACAACUAUUUACUCAACAUCUUACUGGACAUGGUCCUACCAGUAGAUGGGGAUCAAGACCUACACACCCUAAUGGGCGUGGUUCUGUGUAUGCGGUCCCUUGUCCCCCACCUUGGGGAGUCUAGUCUCAUAGAGCAGGGACUAAAGGGCAGUUUUGGUGUGAUGACCAAGGAAAAGGCCGAAUCUGUCAGCAAAGAACAGCUCAUAAAGGUGAUCCAGACGCUGUUGCACCUGAUGACCCACAGAGACCACAAUGUGGUGACUGCUGCCCUGGAGGCCUUCCAACAGCUGUUGCGUAACCCCACCCCCUUAUUGGUGUCUAUCCUGACCGUGCCAGGUACCAUCACCCGGACCCUUGUGUACCUCGCUGACCAAGCCUCCUCCCCCUCCAAUGACUCUCUACAGGAAGUUCCAUCCUUCAGCAAACUAGCAGAGGAGUCCCCAGGCCUUGAGGACGACACUGACAUCCCUGAUGCUAUAACAGACCAUGUAGGUGAAGCUUCAUCUGAUGGGUCUGCGUUUGAAUACAACUCGUUUGUGGCACGUGAAGAGUCAGGAGCUGGGGGAGGGUCAGAGGAAUUAAGUCCGGUGGACACACAGGUCAUCGUCACGACAACAGAUUCUGAAUACUCAGGAAUUGAAAUUGGUGACCUCAAUGAGGAUAAGUCCGAAAAGUCCAACAUGACACAGGUUUGCAGUAGUAGUCAAGAGACCCUGCUCAGUAUACAAAGCAUCAGUCCAACCCGCAAACCUUCACUGCAGAAGGGUGUCAGCCAGGACCUCAAUGGCAACCCUGAGAUAGAAGAUGUAUCUGAGGGUGAUCGCGGUCUGCUGCCUUCCCCAGGUGAGGACAUAGCUGCCAGGAUUGGCUCCAUCAUAGACAAACAGCCUGCCAUCAUCUACUGUAUACGUUUUAUAGCUUCCCGCUUCCUUUUGUCUGGCUGUAGGCGAGUCUUGAAGCCUGAUAAGACUGUACGAGUAAGUGUGAAGUCCCUGGCCCUCACCUGUGUCAGCUCCGCCAUGGCCAUAUACCCUCAGGUGUUCCUGCUAAACCUGUUCACAGAGGUCUCACAAGAUCUGGACCAGGAGAUUCAGGAUGUGUUGCUGUAUGCUCAUCACCCAGAUCCACAGCUCAAGGGUAAUACCACACAGAUAGCUGCCAAUCUCAUCACCUCUGCACUCAAGGAGAGCAGGGGUAACUUCACCAAGUGGCUCUCCGACUCGGGCAGCAAAGUGGCUGAUCUUAGUAUCCAGUCUCUAGUGGACAUUAUACUGGACAUUAUAGAGGAGAGCUCGUCAAUGGCUAUUAGACUGGCCAUCGUCUCUUUACAAAGCUGUAUAAGUCCGCUGUUACAGAGCAUUCAUAGUGAAUUAGCCCUUCUAGUCCUACUCAAGCUGAUGGAGGUCAAGGACAACCCCUACUGGCUGGUCAAGACGGAAAUACUGGAUCUGCUGAGUGGCAUCAACUUUAAAAUCCUGGUCCACCUGGAGUCCUGUUGUACCCCUGCCCAGAGGGGACAGCAUCACUACCUAGGGAAGCUGAACCUCCAACACCGGGUGAUACAUGAUGUGAUUAUACCACUGCUGGGGAGUGAGGAUCACAGGGUGCGUCAUUGUGCUGCACAGACUCUUGUCAGACUGAUUCCCCAGUUGUUCUUUGCGUCCGACCACUGCCAGCAGGAUCCUGUGAUUGCUGUAGCCAAGGACCACACUGGGAGCCUGCUGAACCCCGACACUCCAUCAGACUCCCCACCUCUGGUCCAGGGCCUUGUCAGACCCUUCCAUCUUGGGGCAGAGCACGUGUCCCAUGUCCAUGUGGAGAGUAACCUGUCACGGGUCGUCAUGGCUCUACUCUAUGAACUCAAUUUGUCUAAUGCUAAACACAACACGUAUGGAUGUUGCCAUGCUCUGCGUCUGUUGUCCGAUUUCUUUCCUGCUACCCAAUAUGCUCAUUCCUGGGGCUGUGGUCCUCCCACACUGCUCCUCCCAAGGGAAAGCUCCAACAGAAUAGUGAUAAGGCGGCCUCCUAGUCGUUCCCUCAGUGGAUCGAGUACGUUCAGUUUGGACGAGAUGUCUGGAGGAUCUGGUGGAGGUCCGUUGACCCUGAUGCUGUCCCUACUGACCUCAUCAGUGGUCAGUCUGGACCUAUCUGCUCACCAUGAUACACUUAAACUGGCUGGCAAUUUGGUCUGUGGGGCUGCCUACAAGUGUCUGCGAACUAUAGACAACUACAACAACUCGCCUGACAGCUCCGAGGAUGCGAAGUGGAAGGGCAUAUCUGACCGUGUCCUGUAUCCUCUGAUAGAGCAGUUUCUAACACAUAUAGCUAGGUUGUUGAAUGCGUGCUGCCAUGUGAUAGAUGAACAGCUGCCUGGCCCCCCUCAGAUCAAACCAUCUCUACCCUCACUUCCCACUGCCCCCUCCCUCAGUCCUAUCAAACGCAAGGCCAAGGGAGAAAAGGAUGGAAGCGGUACGACUGGUACUCCAGGGUCAGCAGAAAAGUCCACACCCAAACAGCAGAAAGAUAAAGACAAGGAACCUGAAAGGGAGCGCAACAAGAAGGACGGACUGGGGACAUUCUACAGCCUGCCACAGUACAUGAAGCUGUAUGAAGUCCUCAGGGGAGCUUACUCUACCUACAAGAUUUCCCUAGACCUUGGAACAUCCGACAAGUUUUGUAUCUUGUUGAAGUGCUCCCUGGAGUGUCUGGCCCAGGUUCUGGAGAUUGCCAGUCUACAAGACAUAGGGAAGUAUGCUGAUGAGCUGCUUAGUUACCUGAGGACAACAGUAUCGCUGGAACCUACCUGUACUAUACUCUGUGUACAGCAGCUUUUGAAGGCGCUGUUUGGUACUAACCUGGUAAGUCAGUGGGAGCCACAGCAGGCCACCAAUGUGUCACACAAACCUGGCAAGGCCACACGACUAACCUCUAACACCAGACCAGGACUAUACAGUCACUGCUUUACGCAGCCCUACUCUCACUUCACUCAGUCCCUCGCUGCUUCCACCUUCAAGGCCACCGCCCAGACUGAGCAGGAGGAGACCACCAGCAUGUUGAAUUGGUUAAAGAAAUGUGUAGAAAGAAAGCUCCCAGCUAUUCUGAAGCCUGGAAGUAAAACAGAUAAGGCAGCCAUAGCUGCAUACAUCCGUCUGUUUGAGCCGCUGGUGAUCAAGGCCCUGAAGCAGUACACAGUGACAAGCUGUCUGGAGCUUCAGCGCCAGGUCCUCGAUCUCCUGUCCCAACUCAUACAGCUCCGUGUCAACUACUGCCUCCUUGACUCCGAUCAGGUCUUCAUCGGGUUCAUCAUCAAGCAGAUCGAGUUCAUUGAGGAGGGCCAGAUCAGAAACUCCGAGAGUCUUAUACCUAACCUGUUUAACUUCCUGGUGAUGCUGUCUUAUGAGAAGUACCACAGUAAAUCUAUUAUUGGUAUGCCGAAGAUUAUACAGCUGUGUGAUGGCAUCAUGGCGAGUGGCCUUCAUCCUACAACACAUGCUAUUCCUGCCCUGAAGCCUAUCGUGUAUGAUUUGUUCCUGCUGCGAGCUGCCAAUAAAUCUGACAUCAGCCGUGAGCUGGAGACACAGAGGGAGGUGGUGGUGUCCAUGUUACUUCGCCUCAUACAAUAUCACCAGACUCUGGACCUGUUGGUGAUAGUCCUACAACAGUGUCAUAAGGAGAGCGAGGAGCGCUGGAAGAAGUUAUCACGGCAGGUUACUGAUACAAUCUUACCGUCACUAGCCAGACAACAGGUGAGCAUCGACAGCAUGGCCGCCCUGGAGACUCUCCACCGUCUUUUCGAGUCCCUGGCCCCCAUUGUGUUCAGACCAGUAGAUAUCCUGCUGAAGACUCUCCUUCAGGAACCCACUGAUGUGGCUGGUGUGGAGAACCUCCAACGCUGGAUAUCCCUGGUCCUGUCCCUCCUCCACGUCCUGAUGGCACAAUCCAAAGAGGAAGUGAUCCUGUCCCGCAUGCAGGAGUUAGGACUUGGUCUGAAUGUGUUCAAGGUGCCCAGUCGAGAGAUGACGACAGAGGAGAGGGAUCUAGGCCUGGCUCUUUCACCAGAGGAGGUGAUAGCCUGGUUCCUGAUACAGGUGAUUGGUAACUGUGCCAGCUUUAUCAGUCAGAAGUGUGAGCUGACUGGGCUGUCCUCGUCUACACUGUUUAUAACCCAGCAACUGUCUCAACUCCUUCUCUAUGUCACACAUAUGUUCCAGUCUGGUCUGUUUAGGAAGGUUGCUACAUCAGCAAUGAAGGCCUCCCACCUAGACACGCCCCACUGUUACCACUGUAUCCAGGAACUAAACGGCAUGUUCCUGUCUGUCUCCAUGACACUACCCACCCUCACACUCCAAUGGUGCAACAUUCUUAUCCUCCUUAACUUUGACGACCAGCCGCUAUGGAGCACUGUCAUGCAGACCCCUAAACGCUUCCUCAAACCUGGCAAGAGUCAAUCUUCUGACCUAGAGGUACUGGUGUCUCCCUUGACACACUGCUGUAACCUGGAGAUACUGAGACGUGGCGGACUGGUACUCUUCUGUGACUACGUGUGUGAAAAUCUGACUGAAGCAGAACAUAUGACAUGGCUAGUGAUCAACCAUGUCAGUGACAUCAUAGCCCUGUCUCAGGAGUCACCUGUCCAGGACUUUGUCAGUGCCAUACACAGGAAUUCAUCUGCCAGUAGUCUGUUUAUACAGGCGAUACAUGCUAGGUGUGAAAAUGUCUCAAAACCAUCACUGGUGAGGAAGACCAUGAAGUGCCUAGAAGCUAUCCACCUCACCCAGACCGGCUCUCUCCUCACACUACUCAUAGACAAGUUCCUUAACACUCAUCACCUGGCCGUCGCCCGAAUCUGUGACAGUAUAGCCUGUAAGAGGGUCGAGAUGCUGUUAGCAGAUAGUGUACAGGAUGCCUUUAAUCAGCUGCCCCUGGAAGAUCUGGACAAGUUACUUAAAUACAUGGAAAGCAACAAACUUACCAAACGUCAUGCCCGCCUAGUGUCCCUGCUACAGAAGCUGAGACUGGAGAUACAGCCAGAUGAAACAGCUGAUAUAGUUGGAGGGAGGCGUCACCCUCUGUCUGUCCCGGAGUCCCUGUCCGACAUACACAUCAACAAGGAGUGCUAUGUUUCUAUUGUGAAGAGCCAGUGUUACAGUGUUGACUGUAAUCCCAGAGAAUGUGCCAAACUACUACAUAAUCUUACCUAUGCUGAUAUUCUCUCUGUAACUAUGGCCAAGGAAUUUAACCUCUGCAUCCUCCCGGAGUGUAUACUAUUGGGAGCUCACAGAACUCUUGUCAAAAACAACGACUCUACUGAAAGCCUGGACAGUGAGGGCAACAAGAUCCCCCAGGAACCAAUCUUUGACCCCUUACUUCAGGCUGCCCAGCUGACCCUUGUCCGACAUAUUAAUAACAUAAUCAACAUGCUACCCACGCCCCACCAAGUGAUAAAGUAUGGGGCCGAUGCAAACACUGCCAAACGCACACGUUAUUUGGAAAAAAUGGAUGAUUUUUUCUCCGACACGUCUUGGUCAGAUAUGGUGUUUAUGUUGGUGUCUUCUUUGAACAUUUACAUUCAAACUUUUUCCUCAUUUCCAUGGCAACCGGAGGUGCCUGUAGAAUCUCACUGUGAUAUUGGUCAGUUCUGCGUAUUGUGUGCAGAGAUGAUAGAUUGGAAUUUCCACCACGACCUACUGCCGACAUCGGAGCGCCUCAACAGUUGUCUACAUUGUAUGUCCCUGAUUCUCCAGCAUCCCCAGCUGUCUCUCGUGAUAGGGCACAAACAGCACACUUCCUGGGUUUGUGCACUCACUGGAACAGCCUACCAGACUGUAUACUCAUUAAUUGUGGUGCCAGGGGAGAAGCUUGUGUCAUCAUCAGCCCAUAACUCGGCAUGGGAACAUUCCAAGGAAACUCAGAGCGAUUUGAUCAUUAGGGCAUGUGACCAGGUGUCGGAGCUGGAGGAAUUUUCUCAGCGGCAGUUGUCAGGCGGGUCCAAGGUGAUACCCAGCUUUUUACAACAAAAUCUCAGGAACAUUAUCACAGGUUUAGGAAGACAACCAGUGCUCAACAGUUAUGCCAGAACCCCGUCCAUAGUCUGGAAGAUGGGCUGGAUACCCUCGCCUAAUGGGGAACCCAAGACCAAGUUACCUCCCCUGCCAGUUGACUUUCUCGAGGACAAGGAUGUGUUGAGGGAAUAUGUGUUUAGGAUCAACUCUCUAGGUUGGAUUAAUCGGCAGCAGUUUGAGGAGACAUGGAUGAGUUUAUUGUCUGUUGUUAAUCCUGUUCCAAUACCAUCCAAUGGGGAGGAAAUGGUUAUCUCCCCUGAGGAGGAGAUGGAGCGUGCCCAGUGUACUGUGAUAGCAGUGAAAGCCAUCACGUCUCUCCUCAUACAAUCCACUCUGAUCCCUGUACCAGGCAAUACCAGCUACAGCUCCUACGAGAUCAGGCCCAGGGACAAGCCCCUUGGUUUCCUCCAUACAAGGUGUGGGAAGAAGCUGACUGUGAUACGAGGUGUGAUAGAACAGGAAGUCCACAAUCUACACUGCCGCAGGAUGGUGAGAUCAGGCUGCAGUAGUGACGAGAAGGACCUGCUACGAUACAUGUUUGACAGUAACUUGGAGCGGGAAAUCAUGGCCGAUGACUACACCCUAGGACAGAUUGCAAUAGAGGCUAUCUGGUCGAUUGUGGGGGCCCUUGAUUUCCACAUUGCUGAGUCAGACACCACUGAUUCCCCAGAUAGCCCUACCACAGACUCUCCAGGCACGCCUGGCCGCUCACGUCAACAGUUCCCACUCCUGUCCUUUGAAAGAGAGCGGCGGGAGCGGUCAGUUAACCUCAGUGGACUGGACAUCCACUCUUGUCUUCAGUUCCUGUUAGAGCUUUAUGGUCAAUGGAUGCUGACCACUCCCAGACCACCUCUCAUGCUCAAGAAUGAGGUCGUUAAGUCUAUUGUGUGCCUGUCAGAUUUGUUUAUGGAGAGGGAGCAGUAUGACUGGAUGCAAGAGGUACUACUGGACGUGUACAAGACCCAUCCACAGGAGGACGAAGUCAUCAUGCAAUACCUCAAUGUGGGCAUCUGUAAGGCUGCCGCUGUGGUGGGCAUGGACAAUGCUGCAACAGAGAAAUUGAUGAAGAUCAUUGAUGCAGGCUUCAGGAGUCCACACUUACCAAGCAGAAUUGGGGCUCUGCAUGGAACACUCUAUCUAUUGGAGGCAGGAAUACAGGAUGUUACCAAGUUACUUAUUCCCUUAGCAACAGACUUCCUUCUCCGAAACUUAUCAUCAGUCAGCCAAACCUGUAUCACCAGUCAGAACUACAUGCUGACCAUGUGGUCAACAGUGUUUUACAUCAUGGAGAACUACCACAUAGAUCUCAAGGACCUGGAGUUCCCCAGCAAAGUUCUCCAGCUGGCGGUGAUCACAGCGUCGGGUAGUGAGGACAGUGUCUCUACUGCAGUCUACCUGGCUAUCCUCAAGGGCCUGGAACGUCUCCUCCUCACUGAUGUCCUCUCAAAACAGGAUGCUGAGGCCAUCAUCAAACUUGGAGUGGACAGGUUAUGUUUGCCAAGUCCACAGAGGUCACUAGCAGCUCUUGGUCUCAUGUUUACCUGUAUGUACUCUGGUAAACAAUAUGACCAGUACAGCCCUUCCCCACGUGAUAUGGAGCCCGGGACCACGGCCUAUGACUUCGAGGUGGUGUACCAGGACCCCGAGUCACUCAUCCUUGCCAUGGAGCGAGUCACUGUUCUGUUUGAUAGGAUAAAGAAAGGUUACCCAUAUGAGGCUCGUGUUAUAUCACGAGUGCUGCCGACAUUCCUUGCAGACUUCUUCCCACCUCAGGAUGUGAUGAAUAAAGUGAUUGGGGAGUUUAUCUCCUCACAGCAGCCGUACCCACAGGUCGUUGCUAAGGUCGUGUUCCAGGUGUUUGCCAACCUCCACCAGCAGAAGCAGCAGACCUUGGUGAGAGACUGGGUGAUGCUGUCUCUGUCCAACUUCACACAGCGCACACCGAUCGCCAUGGCAAUGUGGAGCCUCACCUGCUUCUUCAUCAGCGCCUCAGUCAAUCCCUGGCUACGCGCCCUCUUCACUCAUGUAAUAGGGAGGAUGGGUCGAAUGGACGUUGUUGACCGGCGUCUGUUCUGUAUUACUGCCAUGGACUUCUAUGGCCAGCUAGUGGAUGACAGCCAGCGCCGGGCUUUCACGUCCACAUUCAUGGCAGUGUCACAGCCAGGCAUCGUGUACCAGGAACUGCUUCAACAUAUAAACAGUCAGCCCAAGUCUUAGGAUAAACUACCCUCUCCGGUAGUAGUCUACUCAAGUGCUAGGACAUAAUGUCGGCUAGGGAAGUCAUGGAAGAGGUGAUGCAGUAGUGGCUAUGGUUCCAAGCUAAACAGAGAGGACAUAGGUGCCAAAUACUGCCAACUAGUAUAGCCUUUUCUAGCUUUAUUGCUUCAUAUUAUUAACAAAGACUGCUUCAAGUGUUCAAUCCUCUGCUGCUUCAACUACCAGGUGAAGCAUUUCAAGCUCCAGGCUUAGCGCUUCAAGCACCAGGAAGAGCGCUUCAAGCUCCAGGCCGAGCACUUCAAGCACCAGGAAGAGCGCUUCAAGCUCCAGGCCGAGCGCUUCAAGCUCCAGGCAGAACGCUUCAAGCUCCAAAAGAGCACUUCAGGCUCCAGCAAAGUGUUUUGAUAAUUUAGAACAGUGCAUCUUUAUAAGUAGGGUGAACCUACAUAGACUUUCCUGCUCACAGCUCAACACAUAUCUUAUGUGUGAAAAGGAGUUAGUGUCAUUAUCAUGAAAAUCAAAAUAUGUUUGGAAUGAAAUCCUUUAGAUGUUAUUGAUAUUGAGGAAGCUUCUUGUUAUUAUUCUGUAUCCUUGCCUUGUGAAGGACCGCCCUUUAUGUGCUUGCUUGUUAAAGGAAUCCAAUAUCCUUUGGAUAAGUCCCUGAUCUGGAGGACUGCCUAAAGUAUGUCUGUAAUAUACCUCUUCUAAGUAAUACAACUUUAUAUUAAACUCUUACCAAACGUUUUCUAGCCAAACAUCCAUUCAUCAGAUUUGCUCCUUGCCAUGCACCCUUACAAUCUGAUUAGCAGACUUUGACCCUUACCAAGAAACCUUACCAUCCGAUCAGCAGACUUAACCCUUACCAAGAAACCUUACCAUCCAAUCAGCAGGCUUUACCCUUACCAAGAAACCUUACCAUCCGAUCAGCAGGCUUUACCCUUACCAAGAAACCUUACCAUCCAAUCAGCAGGCUUUACCCUUACCAAGAAACCUUACCAUCCAAUCAGCAGGCUUUACCCUUACCAAGAAACCUUACCAUCCAAUCAGCAGGCUUUACCCUUACCAAGAAACCUUACCAUCCAAUCAGCAGGCUUUACCCUUACCAAGAAACCUUACCAUCCAAUCAGCAGGCUUUGACCCUUACCAAGAAACCUUACCAUCCAAUCAGCAGGCUUUACCCUUACCAAGAAACCUUACCAUCCAAUCAGCUGGCUUCAGUCCUUAUGGUGUGCUGUUUUGUACAAUAGUGAUGAUAUUUUAACAUUUUAUUAGAAAACAUUUCAAUGUGUUUUCUAUAUAAUCUCUACAACAAUUUGUAGGGUUAGUUUAGCUGUUCAUAUAAGGAAUGGAUGAAUCUGUCGAAAUACAUUUUCAAUCCAUGACAAUUAUUAUGGUAGCAGGGUCAAAUGUUAAUCAUUCUUGGGUUUGUUUGUGGUCGGGUAGAGUGUAGAGGGAACCUCUAGACAUUCCUUUCUAAGGAAGGUUGUACAUUGUCUCCAUUCCCAAACACAGGAAAAACACAGGAGUACUGUAAGUAAUAAACACUGAACUAUAAAACAUUCCUUCAUCAAGCUCUUCUAGGGUUGUUUUCAGUACAGUGAUGAGGUUGGUUCUGGUAGUGAUUGCAGCAGCAUGAUGAAAGGUUGAAUUAUGAUAUGAAUUAAGAAACUAGUGCUACUGGCUGGUACAUUCAUAAUAUAUUUAUAAAGGUGUUAUAAGUCAAAUUGUGUCAAAUUUCGAAGAAACAUAAGUAAUAUUCAACAUCAUUGUGAGAAAUUUUGUUGUUACUGCCAAAGAUAAGUAACUAAAUGGAAGGUAUAUGGAGAGUGUGUUGGUGAGAGAGAUAACCAAACAUGUUUUUAGUCAGUGUUAAACUGGUCUAGAUAAACAAUGUACUCAAGGUACUGUGGUAUCUUAUAGAUCUGCUUAAUACAACAGGCAAGGUUUUCCUUCAGUUUAUAUCAAGCACAGGAUAUUUAAAAAUACAUUUAACUAGCAGUAAUAGUGUUUACAUAUACUAGGUAUUUGAACUUCAAGAGUGUGUGGGGUCUAUUUGUGUGUUAUAGACGAACAAGGUCGAAGGAGUGUUUGUAGUAAAUGGUUAUCAAGGUCAGAGGAGUGUUUGUAGUAAAUGAUAAUCAAGGUCAGAGGAGUGUUUGUAGCAAAU